AUGCAAGAUACCCUUUCUAUAAUUAAUACAUUUUGUCCUUUAAAAGAUUAUAAUCCUUUUCGACGUACAUCAGCGUCAAGGUUAUCAUCAGUCUAUGCUGAAGUUAUCCCUUAUCUAAACAGCCAAGACCUUGUAACAUGCAGUGUGCUGAGCAAACAUUUCUAUCAGCAAACAGCUCCAUAUCUUUGGAAAUCACCACAAUUCUACCAAACAUCACAUAUACACAACGAACUCUACAUGUUCAAUCGAUUUCUAUCGCAUUUGCCCGACGUGCGACGAUCGACACAAGAGAAAAUAGAGCAUAUCAACCUCUCAACAAUCCAAGAACGCUUAUACGAUCGAGUCAACCCAAAUUUUUUCCGUCUACUCGUCCUACACGCACCUAAUAUCCGUUCGCUCAACCUCUCCUCUGCUUCCUUUUUUCAUUGUCGAUCACUUCCAACUGGCGCCUGGAGCCUUUCAAGGCUAACCGACCUUGACCUAUCAAACUGUCCAAACAUAACUGACGACAUGAUGGUCACAAUCGCCCGGAGCUGCCGACAGGUCGCUCAUCUCAAGCUAAACCGACUUUUUCGCCACAAGGGAAGAGGGCUAGCUGCCUUUGCAGCCGAAUGCGACCAUUUGAGUACAGUAGAACUGAUCGAUAAUACAUCACUGGGCGAUGAAGGUGUUGUUGCCUUGGCAAAGUUUAGACACAUUCACCUACAUCAGCUUGAUCUCAGCGGAUGCUCAGAAUUGACGUCCACCAGCUUGCAAAUUCUCGGAAAGUACUGCGCUCAUCUUCAAGUGCUUUCCUUGGCAGGUGUCUGUGGAUUGCAGCUAGAUGAUCUUAAAAAAUUGAGCUGUAUUCGCAACAAAACAACCGAUUUGGAUCUUUCACGUUCUGCGCUACGACCCAUCGAUAUAGCACAAUGGAUAAGCCAAACAGAGCUCAACGGACUUGUUCAGUUAUGCAUUGACUUUGAAGUCAUUCUGGUUAUCCUUCGCCAACAGCUUUUCGUCCGCGCUCCCAAACUAACUCACCUUGUCCUCUCAAAUGCAUCUCAGCACGUUCAUAUCUCGUUUUUGUAUGAUUUGAUUCAUAUGUUACCUCAGCUCAACCACAUUAUUGUUGAAAAACAAGACGUUGAAACUGGGUUCUUACUAGAUAGCUAUCAAGCUAGGGAUGAAUUGACAAUUGAAACAGCCCAAGCUUUUAACUGUCGACAGAGCAACGUAGCUGUCGAGAUGCGGAUCAAGAAGCACAUUGAUAAUUUAAACUUGGAAGAGUGGUAA